AUGCCAGCCAGGCCCGGUCACCGGCAUUCCAUAGCAACCAUGGCCGUCGAUAUCCUGACCAAGAUCACCUCCGCCUUCGGGCAUAACCUCAAGACCGAUGUCAAUCGGUUCGACGAGCUCGUAUUGGGAUUGAAGGAGGCGCUUGGCCCGUCGUCGGGACUUGAUUCGGCAGACGUCGAUGUCAACGAGUUGAUGAAAUUAAUGGAAGAGUAUAACACAACGGAAAGCGAAUGGGUACAAUUUGCAUUCGCCGAGAAGAGCAUGGGAUACACCCGCAACCUUGUUGACGAAGGCAACGGCAAGAGCAACCUGCUUGUGCUUGUCUGGUCGCCAGGCAAGGGAAGCCCCAUCCACGAUCACGGCAAUGCGCAUUGCCUGAUGAAGAUUCUGAAAGGCGAUCUCACUGAGAUCCGCUACGCCUUCCCAGAAGGCAACGAAGAACAACCAAUGCAAAUCAUCUCUGAAAGAACACACAAGGAGAAUGCGGUGGCAUAUAUGGCAGACGAACUUGGCGUCCACCGAGUCUGCAACAAGGGCAGCGACUUCGCUGUCUCCCUUCACCUCUACACCCCUCCCAACGUUGCCAAGGGUGGUUGCAACAUCUUCAAUGAGAAGACGAGCAAGAGGAGCCAUGUAGCCAAGUGCGGCUACUACUCGGCGUACGGCCGCCGACUGCCGAAGCAUGAGGUUGUGAAGGUGCAAGAGCCGCAGAGUCGUCGUCGUUGGCCAGAGACCACCCAGACGGGCCCGGAGGCAGGUCACCCACAGCACCAGCCUCAUGCUGCUGGUGUAAGAGAAUCCCUGUGUCGAUCCCAUCACUCCGGGUACGCGAGAGACGCGUCUAUCGCGUCUGGUUCGAUUUGUGAGAGGUCCCAAUUGUCCUACCCAGUUUCGGCACGCCAGAUCUGGAAUCGUUCGGUACCAACCUGUCACUUUCCCUUAGCUGACAGCUUUCCCCAAUCCGCUCUUUUGUUUCACGAAUUAGUACCCAUCCGGCCCCAGAGCCCGGGGGCUCGGACAUUGAGGAUGCCACCCAAGAAGCGCAGCAUCGCUGUCAUCGACCUUGUCAGUAGCGAUGGCGAAGACUCAUCCGUCCAACGACCCAGCAAAAGGCCGGCUAGCCAUCGCUUGGGCCCCAGUCCAGCCAGCGGCAGGGUUUACGGAAAUACCCCAUCAAGCUCCCAGCCCCAUUUGAGCUCAGGUGCUCUUGCUCCUCGCUCUUCGACUCAGUCUAUUGACAACGAUGACGACCUUGUCGAUUUGACCCAAGCUCCGGAUGGCCCACCAAGAGAACUUUAUGGGAUUCUCGACAACAAGAUUGUCGGCGUUCGCUACUACAAUGGAUAUGCCUCUGCAGGCGAGGUGGUCUAUGAUCGCAAUGCCAUCCGAGUGUGUAACGUCAUGGGCGCCCAGAUCGGCCAUCUUCCACGCAAAGUAGUUGAAAAGCUAGCGCCAUAUGUUGAUCGGGAUGAGAUCGCAAUAGAAGCUAUUCUUACAGGGGAGAAGGGCAUGUUUGACUGCCCCAUUCGUCUACAGCUCUAUGGUUCGAGCAACCCAGUCGACCGCUCGGCGUUGGAGGACAAGCUAAAGAAGGACAAACUGCUCAAGGCUAGAGAACUUAAGCAGACGAGAGCCGAGGCAGAAGCGCAGAGAAAGAUGCUAGGCAUCAAGGGCAGCCAGUCUACAAUUGGUUUGAACCCUGCUGAGCCAGAGGUGUCUCUGGAGGACCUGGCCCAAGCCAGUCAGGCAAUUUCGAGCCGUCCACGCGGUGAUGCUGUCAAGUCGCUCGUAAUGGACGAGCACUUCUUGUCCAAAAUGCCGAUGGCAGAGCAGCCCGCCGUUCUUGAGUCGACAUUACUGCCAUACCAAUUACAGGGUCUGGCGUGGAUGACGUCGAAAGAGAACCCCCAGAUGCCUCCUAAGGGCUCUCAGGAGAGUGUCCAACUGUGGAAAUGGCACCCGAACGGCCGUAACUUGUACCACAAUAUGGCCACGAACUUCGUGGUACAGAGUGCACCCAAGCUCCUUUCGGGUGGCAUACUAGCGGAUGACAUGGGUCUUGGCAAGACUUUACAAGUCAUCAGCUUGAUCUUGACUGGAGGGGGCGGUCCGACGCUCAUCGUUGCUCCGUUGAGCGUCAUGAGCAACUGGGAUCAACAGAUCCGCAAGCAUGUCAAAAAGGAGCAUCUGCCCAAGAUCUUUACCUAUCAUGGAAAUAACAAGGCCACCAAGAAUGAGUUGGCCAAGUAUCAAGUUGUCAUCACCAGCUACAACAAGCUUGCCCAGGAAGGAGGCCAGGAAAAGGCCAUCGCACCUUUACCACCCCUUAUCGCCACAAAUUGGACUCGCGUUGUACUUGACGAAGGUCACACGAUCCGAAACGCAAAGACCAAGGCUGCCAUAGCUUGUCGAAAGCUCAACGCUAAAUCCAGAUGGGUCCUGACCGGAACUCCAAUCAUCAAUAGUAUCAAGGACUUCCAGUCCUUGCUUCAGUUCCUUGGAAUCAACGGUGGCGUUGAGCAACCUGCCAUUUUCACCAGCGUGAUCGCACGGCCCCUUGCCCAAGGGAACGAGACGGCAGAGGCUCUCCUACAGCUAUUAAUGCGAGAUCUCUGCCUGCGACGCAAGAAAGACAUGAAAUUCGUCGACUUGAAGCUUCCGCCCAAGACGGAAUACGUCCACCGCAUUGCCUUCAGGCCAGACGAGAAAAGCAAGUACGAAGCAUUGCUGUCCGAAGCGCAAAUUGCGCUUGAAAAGUACCAAAACAACACUGGCGAGAAGGGCCAGUUUCAAAGUGUACUGGAGCGCCUUCUCCGCCUUCGUCAGGUAUGCAACCACUGGACGCUCUGCCGCAAAAGAAUCUCCGAUCUUCUUGAGGCCCUCGAAGGCCAAUCUGUCGUUAUUCUCAACUCGGAAAACACCAAGAUCCUCCAAGAGGCGCUUCGUCUUUUUAUUGAAACCCAGGAAGACUGUGCCGUUUGCCUCGAUACUCUGAGCGGCCCUGUCAUCACGCAUUGCAAGCACGUCUUCUGUCGCGGCUGUAUUUCAAAGGUCAUUCAGACGCAGGGCAAGUGUCCCAUGUGUCGUAACAAGCUCGAUGAAGACGCGCUUCUGGAGCCCGCCCCGGAGGGCGGCGAAGAGGAAGAUGGGAACUUUGAUGCCGACGCGAAGAGUUCCAAGACCGAGGCUCUCCUCAAGAUUCUACAGGCUACAACCAAAAAUCCCGACUCCAAGGUCAUCAUCUUCUCGCAAUGGACUUCGUUCUUGACUAUUAUUCAGAACCAACUCGUGGAGGCCGGCUACAAGUUCACCCGCAUCGACGGCUCCAUGACGGCGCCGAAACGAGACGCCGCCAUUCAUGCCCUGGACAACGACCCGGAGACGCGCGUGAUGCUCGCGAGUUUGGCCGUCUGCAGCGUCGGUCUCAAUCUAGUGUCGGCGGAUACGGUGAUUCUUGCAGACAGCUGGUGGGCGCCGGCCAUUGAGGACCAGGCAGUGGAUCGUGUGCACCGCCUGGGUCAGAAGAGACCUACAACUGUGUGGCGUCUUGUUAUGGAGGGGACUGUUGAGGAGCGCGUGCUGGAUAUCCAGCUGGAGAAGCGGACGCUGGUCGGCAAGGCGUUCCAAGAGAAGAACAAGGGGAAGAAGACUCAGGAGACCCGCAUGGCGGAUCUGAAGAAGCUGCUUGGUUGA